GAGAAAUGGUGAAAUAGGAGUAAAAUGGUGACUGGCGCGAGGGCUUUCAGGAAACGCCUCUCCACCACAACAAACGACGCCAUAGGCAGAAAGGACGCUCAGCUCUCUUAUUUUUCUCUCCUGAAGGCUCUGGAGGUGAUUGUCAGUGAGGGAGAGAGCCAGCUCCCUCCUCUACCUCCCAGUCCUCAGUAAGAAUCAGUUAGUACACUGGGGACCAGACAAGGCUCACCAUGGAUGCCGUGCCUCCCCAGUACCCGCCGAGGACUGUGUCCCAUGCUGCCUCACAGACCAUGCCAGAGAUACCCCAGCAGCAGCAGCAACAACAACAGGUGCAGCCAACUGAUGCACAGGUAGCAACACAAAUUGGCCUUUGGCUGCAGACUAAUGAGAAGCCAUAUGAGUGUGAGGAGUGCAGCAAGCGGUUUGCGCAGGAGAGCCACCUCAACAAUCACAUUGUUUGGCACCGCAAGGUUAAACGGUUUGAGUGUGAGCUGUGCCACAAGAGAUUCACUAUGGAGAGUCACCUUGAUAGCCACAUGAUUGUGCACAGCGCUGAGAAAAACUUCAAGUGUGAGCUGUGUGACAAGAGAUUCACUAUGGAGAGCCACCUGAACGGACACAUGCUGGUACACAACCAGGAUAAAAAGUUUGAAUGUGAGCUAUGCCAGAAGCGCUUCACUAUUGCUUCCCACCUGCGUAGCCACAUGUUGGUGCAUGUCAAGGACAAGCGUUUUGAGUGUGGUCGUUGUGGCAAGCGUUUUGUGCAGAGGAGUCAUCUCAACAGCCACAUGAAUGCACACAAUGUGGAGAAGAACUUUGAAUGUGGCAUUUGUGGUAAAAGAUUUGCCUUGGAAAUCCACAUGAAUGCACACCAUUUGAUUCAUACAAUGGAGAGAAAAUUUGAAUGUCCUGUGUGCAACAAACGGUUCACAAUGGGUAUCCACCUCAAUGCACACAUGCUGAUGCACAAUGUGGAGAAAAAAUUUGAAUGUCUGAUCUGUGGCAAGCGGUUCUCUAUGGAGAGCCACCUGAAUAGCCACAUGAUUGUGCACAGUGAGAAGCGUUAUGAAUGUGAAGUGUGUGGCAAACGCUACACCCGCAAGAGUCACUUGAAUAGCCACAGUUUUGUGCACAGCGAGGAAAAGCGCUAUGAGUGUGAAGUGUGCCGGAAGAAGUUUGCCCAGAAAAGCCACCUGAGUAGCCACCGUGUGGUGCACACUGAUGAGAAGCGCUUUGAGUGUGAGGAGUGUGGCAAACGCUUCCUCCAGGAGAUCCACCUUAAUAGCCACAUGUACGUCCAUACAGCUGAGAAGAAGUAUGAACGCCAUGACUGGAACAGACCGCCUGUCCCACAGGGACAUGUCAAUGGCCACAAGUUUGUGCACAAUGACAUGAAAAAAUUUGAGUGCGAUGAAUGUGGAAAGCGGUUCUCCCAGGAGAGUCACUUGAACAGUCACCGGUUUGUGCACACACAGGACAAGACCUAUGAGUGUGAGGAGUGUGGUAAGCGGUUCAGACAAGAGAGCCACCUCACCUCUCAUAUGUUUGUUCACAGUGAGAAAAAGAGAUAUGAGUGUCCGGAGUGCGGGAAGCAGUUCUCCCAGGAAAGCCACCUCAACAGUCACCGAUUUGUGCACGGCGUAGACAGGAAAAACGACUUUAUCGACUAUGCCAAGCAGCCUCUCCCAGGAACAGUCCCACAGAAGACCACAUACCCUACCAGCCAAAACACUGUCCCAGUGGCAGCUGCAGAAAAGAAGCCCGAGGUGUACCAAGAAAAUGCAAAACUGUUCCCCCAGCAGCCAUACCAGCCCACACAUGCGUACCCACAGUGGGAGCAGGUGCGAACCCUGUGGUCCUUGUAGCCCAAUGUUUUUGACAAACCUGUGCAGGAAUUAUAAACUAUCUCAUAGCAGAACGGAGGAUGGCGAGGAGCAAUCCCUGAGGCUAAGAGAAGAGGUUGUGGCUGGGUGAGAGGCAGUGCUGGCAGUUGUGGUGGCAGUUUGGUGUCACAUGUUUACACUUCCUCUGUUCCCAUAAAAUUACUGUUGACAAGAGCAGCAGUCUCCAUCUUUUAUUAAAUUGAGUACUUCUAGGGAGUAUAACCUGUAGCAUCACUGUUCAAAAGAAUGGCACCAACUGUGAGGACAAGCUGCACUCCCAAGGUAUGACAAGUAGCCCUGCAGCAGGGCUGCAUCAUUGUCAUCCCUCACACCCCAGAGGACCAAAGUCUCAGUGCUGGGUGAGGCAGUGAAAACCUACCCAGUCAUUGUCUGACCUAGUAGUCCCCUUCCCUUUCUACAAAUGUGUCCCUGCCACACCUGUCUGAGAGUAAUACCUCACUGCCUGCCCUCUCUCCCCCAAAGUGGCCUGACCUUCACCCUAUGUAUUUUAGUAACUAUUAUUUAUAUUCUUGAUGAUUGCCAGGGAAUGGGACUCUGUAGCUGAACAUUGCUGGUUUUUAUAAUUCCAAAGGUGUUUUGGGGCCAGGACAUACUGGUGGUCACAUGUAGCUUCCACCCAGCAGCAGUGUGCAUGUGUAUUGGUACAGUAUAUGUACAUAGGUGUAUAUAUAUGUAUAUACUUGAGUAUGUCCAUAUAUACAGUGGUGUAUAUGUACAGUAUUUUUACCGUUAUUUUUGCCAUUUCUUUGCCAAUCUACAAGAUAGAGUGAUGGCAUGGUUGUCCCUUAAGUUUAUUUAACCAGAACACUAUCCUGUAGUUUUCAUAGAGCACUGGACUGUUGCACUAUUAUAUUGGGGGUGCGGGGGCAGGUGUGGAGGUGGUAGACGUAUCGCAGGUUGGACGCCACCUUGCUGAUAUAACACGUGCAUAUUUGAUCUGUGCACCACAGCUUCAUCAUCUUGUGUAAACCUGAAGUGUUUUUGACUGAGACUCUCUAAAAGCCUGCAUUGAAAAUGGGACAUCAGCACCAUAACAGAGGAAGAGUGGAUUGAGUAGACAAGAUGAAGUUGUACUUUAUUUAUAAUUCACAUCUGAAAAAUUUUGGAGUUUGUAGUAUGAGGAAAGGACCACGUUGGAAGGUUGGACUAGGUUAUAUAGUGUGCAUCUCACUCUUCACUGGAAGGGAACAAGGUGGCUUCCCUCCUUCUGGGGAUAGGGAGGAGAUAACAGUAUAGUAA